AUGUCUGAAUCAUUGGCCGCAUUCCGUACUGGACGCAGCAAGGAUCUUGCUCAGCUCGCGGAGGACCACAUCAACCACGAGUACGUGCCGCGCACGAGCCAGGAUCAAGAGCUUCUCAAGAGCGCGGCUAAGAAGGUUGGAACCCACGCGACCGUUGCCUCCCUGGCUGGUCUUGGCCUUGGUGUUUUCGCCGCCGUCCGCCUGCGCAGAAUGCGCCUCGCAUACUUCAAGGCCUUCAGGGCGAUGGAGAAGCCCGUCGAGCUCAAGUUUGCCGACGGCCGAACCGAGCCAAUCCCUGAUAUCUCCGCACAGCUUGCCCCCUCGCGAUGGGGCGAUGCUGCGACCUACUUCUUCUUCUCGGUCGCGGGCCUCUUCCUCGGCGGCGAGCUCGGCUUGCUCACCGGCACGGCAUCGGCAUCGCGGACCAUCACAAGCGACCCUGCGGCCAAGGAGCGCAUUGAGAAGGCGUUCAAGAACUACCGCGUUGACGUUCUGAAGCGUGAGAUCAAGCAGCUAGAGGGCAAGAGCACGUUUGAGCAGAUGUUCUCCAGCUCCUCGUGA